GUUCAUGUCCAAAUAUUUAUAUUUAAAUUACUUUCAUUAUUUAUCUAUUUAUAUUUCCAUCAAUAGAUGGCUCUAGGUUAUUAUUAUUAUCUUUUGUUUUUAAGUUCAAUGUUUUAAAUCAAAUUUCAAUUGAAAUCAACUAAUUUCUUUCUUAUUUGUGUAAAAGUAACAUUUCAAUUCUCGGUGAAUCAAGUGAUUUUAUUUAAAACUAACUGAGGCAAGCAAAACUGUUAAAUUUUGAAAGAUGCUCAACCAAUUGAUCAAAAAAUGUAAAUUACUAAUCAAGUUAGCUAUGGGAAGCUAUUAACUCUAACCAUAAACCUCACAGUAUUUGAAAUAUCUGGUACUCUCAAUCCUCCAAUAAAGAGAAAGGCUUUCACUGAAAGGAAGGAAACUUUACUGCUCUGUUCUUGACUCAUUCUCGGUGUAUACUUUGAGAAAUAAUAAACAAACUACCAAAUACCAAAAGAUUGUAAUUUCCAAGCUCUUUUACAGACUGUUUCAUUUAAUUGUUCAAGAAUAUAUUAUGUUUCAACAGCGUAGUUUGAUCUAAUCUAACUUUUCUUCUCAUAAACUUGUGUUAUAAAACCGUUGAGUGAAACAAUUAUCAAAGGACUUAAUCAAUUUAUUAUCAUCUGCCAUUGUAUUUACUGUGCAAACCUUCAAAUGUGAUAUGUGAAAAAUUAUUGUCUUCUGUCUAUCUACACUUGUUUUUGGUUCCUUUGUGAUAACCAUAGAGAUAAUUGACUUGACUUUUUUGGUCCGAUAACCAAUUAUUUACCAAACAUCUAUUUUCAUUUUUUAUUUGCUUCAUUUUCUUUUCACUAUUUGUUCAAUUGACUUGCUGUUUGGUACCUUGCAUUCACUCGAUUUUUAGUGCCACAAGUCUCGGUCAAUUUGGGUAAAAAAUUGACAAUGGGUAAAGACAAAGUUCCACCUGAAUAUGGCGAUGAUACGACAUUUGACCGACCUCCACCGUACAAUCCUCAUUAUGACAACCAAGCCAGUGGCUCUGGUCCACCACCUUCAGUGCCAUCAUUUUAUCCUCCUAGUCAACCUCCUCCAGAAUAUCAAGUUCAACCUGGAUAUAAUAAAUCCCCUCUUCCAAAUCAACAGCAACCUGUACAAAUAGCGCCUCAACAAACAAGCAUACCAACUGUAAUGCAGACUGGAGGAGCAACUGUAACCAAUGUUCAGAUUCAUAUUAGUGACGAGUUCGGGCCAUACUCUCAGCAUGCAAUUUGCCCUAAAUGUCAUCAGUAUAUUGUAACAAAAACCAAGUCUGUUGCUGGCUGUUUAACAUGGCUUUCCUGUCUUGGACUAUUUAUGAUUGGAUGUGAUCUUUGUUGCUGCUUUAUUCCUUGUUGUGUAGACUCUUGCCGAGAUGUUAUCCAUAGAUGCCCUAAUUGUGGACGUAAAGUCGGUCGCUUCAAGAGAAUGUGCUAAACAAUAUGACAAAUUAUCAAGUUAUCAAUGAUGAUAAAAUUCCAUUUUUGGAAAGCAAUCAUAAAGCUCAAAAUAUACAAUGUAAAUCAUGAGACUCACCAAACUUUUUCAACUUUUCUCUAAAUAUUCCGACAAACAUGUUUUGCCUUAUUUUCAUUAUUCUUUCAUGCAGAUGCAUAUUUAAAUGAGAAUAAAGUCAAUUCUGUUUAAAAUAAGCACAAAUACAUAAACAGACAGAAACAGAAAAGGUUAACAUUUUCCCUUUUCUUGUGAUCCAUAAAUUAUUGUCAAGCAAAGAGCCUAACUAGAAAUCCUUUGAAACAUUUUCAGUGAAAGAUAAUUGCUCGCCCUAAGCUUUUGAAAUGUCAAUAGUUUCCACAGUCUAGUUGUACUGUAAUUAUUAACAUUAUUUGAUGACUUGAGCUUAUUUUCAUAAAUUUUAGUUGAUUUUCAAUUUGAUUGAUAAGGUUAAACAUUCACUGUUUUGUCCAUCCUUGUUAAUCAUCUUCACCUUUAAGUUGAGUUGCAAAGUCCAAGUACAUUAGAGAACAUAAUUGACUGUAUAAUUCAUCACCCAAACUGCAUGUUGGCAACUUAUUGUCUCGAAAGCUCAGGAUGAGGAAAUGCGUCGAAGAAAAAAAUUUCCAUUAAUGUUUACCUUGGUUCUGGAGCAGUUCAAUUCACUCGACCAAUCACUUCAUGGGCAUCAUGGUUGAUUGUCUCUUUGGUAGACUGAUUAAUAGCAACAACUUGAUUGCUUUCCAUCACUGUAAUCAUCUUUAUCAAUUUAUAAACAACAUAAACAAGUAAAAUUCCAGUGAAACUUAAUGCUGUAUUAUAAUUUCCAAUGUAAUCAAAGACUUGAAAUAAUGUUUUGUUAUAUCAUGUGAAAGAAAUUUCAGUUUUGCUUUGUUUCUAAGGCAAACAAAUGUAUUCAUAAAUAUUUAAAUGGAAAUUAACCAAUCAUUAAAGAUUGGGUUAUCAUGAAA